AAUACAUAUUAGGGUUUCUCCGUCCAUCGCUCACUCCUUCCAAAAAUCCCAGUUUCUUUUCUUCUGUUUCUCCUGCGCCUCCAACUCGAGAAACCCUAAUGGCUUCGGAGAAGAAGUUAGCGAACCCCAUGAGGGAUAUCAAGGUCCAGAAGCUUGUCCUCAACAUCUCUGUUGGUGAGAGCGGAGAUCGUCUCACCAGAGCUGCUAAGGUGUUGGAGCAACUGAGCGGCCAAUCACCAGUCUUCUCCAAGGCAAGGUAUACCGUUAGAUCCUUUGGAAUCCGUCGUAAUGAAAAGAUUGCCUGCUAUGUCACUGUCAGGGGUGACAAGGCAAUGCAGCUUUUGGAAAGUGGUUUGAAGGUGAAGGAGUACGAGCUGCUAAGGAGGAACUUCAGUGACACCGGAUGCUUUGGUUUUGGUAUACAGGAACAUAUCGAUCUUGGGAUCAAGUAUGAUCCUUCUACUGGUAUUUACGGAAUGGACUUCUAUGUCGUCUUGGAGCGUGCUGGUUACCGCGUGGGCCGCCGCCGUAGAUGCAAGUCACGUGUUGGGAUCCAACACCGUGUGACAAAGGAGGAUGCCAUGAAAUGGUUCCAGAUCAAGUAUGAGGGUGUGAUCCUUAACAAGUCCCAGAACAUUACUGGUUGAAUAGGCUAGCAUGAUUUGUGGAACUAGUUUCAGUAUUUGAGAUAUUAGAUAAUGUUUUGUCUACCAUUUUCUUUCAAUUUUGAGUUUUGUCAAAACUGGAGUUGAUAUUUUCAAGACGGAUGAAUGGUUGUUUUUUCUCCCUUUUUGUUUGGAAUAUAAUUUACUUUGACGAUGUUCGAGCAAAA